AGACGGAUGAGCCGGGAAACCAUAGUGCGGAGACUCUCAUCUGAAAGAGAAGAAGAGAUGUCACCUGCAGUCCUAUGUAACAACACAGAUUACAGUCAGGUGACGGUCGUGGCCCUUCUACAGGCCAGCUGCGGCUUCUGCCUCGUCCAGGCCACCAACAUGGGUCCGCUGCGGGAUAAACUGGCCGAUCGGGGCCUCACAAACAUAAGUUACAUUAUAGUCAAUGACCAGAGCUUCGCCUCAAAGCUGCUGUUCCCGGUGCUGCAGAGCCGGGCCCCGGCAGGGAUGUCCGUGUACCAGCAGCUGCCCAACCAGGAGGACGUGUGGGAGAUCCUGGACGGCAGCAAAGACGACUUCCUGAUCUAUGACCGGUGCGGCCGCCUCACCUUCCACAUCCGGCUUCCUCUCAGCUACCUUCACUUUCCAUAUGUAGAAGCCGCCAUCAACGCCACCUACUAUGAAGAUUAUUGCCAGAACUGCACUUUUUAUGCAAAUGUCACAGAAAAUAAAAAGAAUGAGACCCUGGGAUCCCCGAUCACAGAUAUAGGGAAAGAAAAACAGUCAAAGCCGGGGUCUCUGUGUCCUGAAGAACACACGAAGAAGAAACCUGGCGACCAAUGUAAGAAUGAGCACAGCCAGGAAGAUAAAGGGAAGAAUAACAGAGAUCAUCAACCUAAGGAGGAGGAACGACACCAGCCAAUCAACAAUGAUGGAGAACGUCACCAGCCAAUCAACAAUGACGGAGAACGUCACCAGCCAAUCAACAAUGACGGAGAACGUCACCAGCCAAUCAACAAUGACGGAGAACGUCAUCAUCCAAUCAAAAAUAAGGGAAAACAUAAUUAAUAAUAAACAACAAUCCAAUUGCCUCUUGACAAAGCCACAUUGGUGGCGAAACGUUGAGGGGGGCAGUGUUAUGGUUUUAACUGCUAUGUGCCCUGACAAUCAGUAGUUCUACGAAGAAAUAAAGACAAAAAAGACAACCGGGAGGCAGCGCCUCGUGUAUUACCCUUGGCAGGUGAGGGAACCAAAAAGUAUGCUGAAUGUACACCCAGGACUUAAGUCAGGGUGGCCGCUCACCUUAAAGUAUCAUCUGAGGAAGGGGAAUUUACCCCGAAACGCGUCAUGAUCCUUUUGUUGUUUUGUGUUCAAUAAAAUUGCUUGAUUAAGAACACUUACCUGCAUCCUGUGUAUACCUGGAUAGAGCAGCGCCUGGAUCCAUUGGUCUUUUUUCCCACAAGUAAAUCAGUAGUUCUGGGAUGCAAAAAUACAAUGUAUCUCCUACUAAUUAUGAAUAAUGAUGGAGCUGGUCGAGCCCAAUAAGCCCAAUUAUAUCAGUUAUCAGUUAGGAGCACAAAGUGUUUUUAAAUGUGUGAUUUUUUCCUUCUUUUCUCACUAUUAUAAUUUUGGACCCGCACAUUAAAGUCCUGUAUAUAGCAAUUUUGGUUGGAACCCUCAGGGCCUUUAUUGGAUUGCCUCCGGCAAUCUAUCAGUGAUUAUUGUGAAAGAUGAAUGACACACAUAGU